AUAAAUUCUUUAUGCAGUUUCAUUUUAAAGUUUUUCGCAGCUCUGAAGUUCGCUUUUGUAAAACCGACCAUUACCGGGUUUUCAACCUAACCCGUCCGAACAGGACCUACGCUACCACUUGGUCUCUAUGACGGAGUGAACUAUUUGCACUCCAAGGUUUCUAAACUUAUCUCGUCAAAACAGGGGAAUAGCUUCUUCAAGAAGAAGAGCACACCAAUGGAAAUUAUCCGAUCUGAAAGGAAACCUUCAGUUUCCAAGGACUUUGUCACAACUCUCCCUAUCUACCGUUCUGCUCCACCUCUCGAGGUCGGGCUAGAAGACUUCGAGCAGUAUGCCAUCGAUCGCCUCAGAGUUUUGAGAGCGAUUGCUGAUGGAUUAUCCCGGGGAAAGAAACCAGAUGAAAUGUCAAAAUUGGUAUCAGGUCUAUGGAAGGAAAACAUGAGGCACCCACAAGCAUCUGAAGUUAUUAACAAAGAUAUAGUUUCACAUUUUGUUUUACGGCUUGUGUAUUGCAGAACGGAGGAAUUAAGGAAGUGGUUUCUUUCAAUGGAGACCACAUUGUUUCGUUACCGCUAUCAGAGUGAAACAACUGAUGUCCAGAGGGCAAUAGUUGCUGUGAGCAAUGCUGAAUAUGAGAGCAUAAAAGACAAAUUGAGCCUAGUUUCCCGUUCCACUGGCCAACAGUUAUCAAGUGCUGACACAUUCUACCAGGUGCCAUUUGAAGAGGUUUCGGAGCUAGUGGCCGGCCGAAGAGUAUACAUCCAGAAAGGGAAUGCAUACAUUGCUACACAUCAGUUGGUUUCAUUUGUCAUCAAUCAAUUCCGUAGCAAUCUGUCAAAAGCACUUGCUCUUACAAACAGAAAAUGGAUAUCAAUGAUAAGAGAACAGGAGAAGGACCGAUUGACUCCUAUUGUUGAAGCCCUAUCAACAAGUUAUUUGGGUCCAGAUUAUACCCAGCCACAUGAAUACACUGAAAUUUCAUUGAGGGAUAUUGAUGAAGUUGCUAUUACUUCAUUUCCUUUGUGCAUGCGCCAUCUCUUUGAGAAGCUACGAGAGGAUCAUCAUCUAAAGCAUGGAGGAAGGAUGCAGUUGGGCCUAUUCCUCAAGGGUGUUGGGAUUAAACUGGAUGAUGCCCUUGCAUUUUGGAAGGCUGAGUUCUCCCAAAAAAUUGGUGCUGAAAAGUUUGACAAAGAAUAUGCAUAUAGCAUACGUCACAAUUAUGGGAAAGAAGGAAAGAGAGUGGAUUACACACCUUAUUCAUGCCAAAAGAUAAUCUCAUCAACUCAUGGUGUUGGAGAUCAUCAUGGAUGUCCUUAUCGUCAUUUCAGUGAAGAGAAUUUAAGAGCUGCCCUCACCAAGAUGGGAGUUGGACACCAUGUUCAAGCGGAAGUGAUGGGCAAAGUGCGAAAUAGACAUUACCAGUUAGCAUGCACAUUGACUUUUGAAGCUAUUCAUGGCUCACCAUGUGAUGCUGGGAUUAAUCAUCCAAAUCAGUACUUCAGUGACAGCAGAAAGAUCUUGGAGUCUAGGAACUCCACCAAUCCGUGAAAAGGUGCUUUACUAUCCAGUAUCCACCGUUGUGUUACAGUUCCUGCCAGAUCCAAUACUUGAUUAACUAAGGGGACGUUGAUUAGCCUCGCUUGGCUGGGAGAGCCUGGAAGCCAAGGCAGAGUCCAUUGUAUGGAGCUGUUGUGGUUGAUUCAGGUGGGACCUGGGAGUUGUACAAUGUAAACUGCUGCAUGUGUGCAUUGCCAAAUGUUUAUGUAACAUCAUUAGUCUACUAGAUGCCCAAGACGGAUAGAGGAGGAAUGAUGUGGGUUGAUUCUCCCCUUGGCGACAAUGCUAAUUGGAGACUUACAUGUUUGUUGAUCCCAAACCUAACACCUUAGUGAGUUUGUGCAUUUGAAUUAGGGGUGAACACACUUCAAUUUCCGAAACCUAGACAAUAAGCCAAAUCAAUUUUGGGUCUGGAUCCGUAAUCUAAAUGGAUGGACUAAGGGGGGAAAUUGGACAUCGGAAGGGGGAUUACGGGUCCCUAUUCUGGAUAGGGAAAAUUAGGAUUGGAAUAACGGGUCGGUCCAUACCAUGAUACGGGGUGU